GUGACGUAGUCUCCUGAGUAGUCAUCUAAAGUCAGGAGCAGUGACACAGUCGUUUGACUCGUUUCUUCUUGAUUACCAAGGUGUAGUUCUGUGUAGUUGGUCUCGACGGAAUCAACAACCAUGUCCACUGGCAGAAGCGUCGUCCCCACCGAAGACGAAGUCCGAAAGGCCGUUAUCAAGCUAAAACAGAGUAACCCUGCCUCUGGCGUCGCCAAAAUCCACAGCCUCGUACUUGACGCCAAUCCAUCAUGGACGGUCAGCGAAAAACGCGUUCGAAAGAUCUUGCAGAGUGAAGGCCUCGUCGGGACGCCCAGUAGCACAACCAACACCAUCCAUCCGUCAUCUCGCCUCAACAAGAGCCUUGAUGUCAACAAGUUAACCAGUCGGGUGGAAGUCAAGUACUUUGACGCAAUCAAGGGGAAGGGUCUCAUUGCUAAAGAAAAGAUAUCAAAAGGGGAUGUUUUGUGGAAAGAGGAUCCCUUCAUCCUGGCCCCAGAAUGGGAUAUAUACGAUCUCCAGCACUCAUCUGAGGCAUGCUCCCUCUGCUCGUCCAUCAUCCGCGAUCAUUCCCCGUUGCAUAUAUCCUGUGAGGCCUCCACAACUGCAACUCCCUGCACAGCAAGAUACUGCAAUAGACUCUGUCGUCUGCAGGCGGAAAAAGUGCACCCUCUCCUAUGUUCUGCACGCAAUCCUGCAUCUGUACCACUCCUUGCCUUCGCAAGAGAUGCGCAGUGGAUGGCCCUGCAUGCUCUCGCGCAAUGUACCAGCCGACUUUUACUUGCUUCUCAGCAAGAUGCUGCAACGUUCGAGCUGGACUGGGAAGUAGUUCAGGGCCUCGCUGAGCUUGGGAUGGAAGAACGCGCUCAGUGUCUUCGCGAGCAGGGACUGGAGCCCGAUCGCACAAAUUGGCGGAAAGCCUUUGAGUUGUACUUGCAAGCAUUCAAAGAUCCUCGGACCCCUGCUGAGCAGAAAAAACUGGCACGCAUCUUGAAGAAGCCAAUCCCCGAAGUGCUGCAGCAAGUCACUUUCGAAUAUCAGGCCUUCUUACGUGGCUUGGGUCGUAUGAGUCUCAAUCUGGAGGCUCAUGGUGGACUGUACAGACUACACUCUCACCUUAAUCACAGUUGCACUCCUAACGUCUCCAUAAGGCACUUGGACCAGCGCACCGCCCUCUCGCGCAUCACGGUGAUCGCGAAGGAGGAUUUCGAAGUAGGACAGGAGCUUCUAAUCACGUACACUAACCCCCAGAGCAAUCUCAGGGAUCGGCGCCGGAGAUUAUCAGAGUGGGGGUUCGGAGCUUGCCAGUGCGAGCGUUGUGUGGCAGAAGAGAAGGUUUGGAAAGAAACAGAUAACAACACGCAGGAAACAGAUGAUCUCGCAGAUCAGCUUAAAGCCAGCCUAGGGGUGUUAUAGGAUGGGCUCAUCAAAUCAGCGAUUAGGAUUAAUUUCCGUUCUGCAAGCGUUCGUGGUCCCCGUUCUCCUUUGCAGGCAUGCUGGCAUGAUCUCAACGAUCUUUCUCCACCGUCACCAUUGCAGGGAUUCAUAAUGAUUUUGCUCCAAGCUUUAAGAUUUGGAUCUUUCGGCUUUGUUCCAUUGUAUCGGAUGUAUCAUUUCCAUCAGAACAAGUACGUGGUCGGCGACUGCAACGGUAAAACUCGUGCGGCGCAAUAUAUUUCGUCAGCGGGGGGAGAUCUCAUUCAGAUCAGUGACUAUACCAUUACACAUGUGGCACUGUCUGGGUCA